CUGUUCCAACAAUGGAUGUAGGGUUUGGUGAAGAAUAAGCAGAGUCUUCCAUGGCAUAAAGUCAGCAUUUAGCACAACAGAGUUUCCAUCAGGAGGGCCCAAGUUACAAGCAAACAUGCAACUUGAAAAGCACAUAGGAGAAGAAGCUCCUGCUGAUGUGGUUUGCAGCAGAGGGAGAAGAUGUGGGCAAAUGAGAGCUUGUUCGUGGUCUCUUCAAUAGAAUGGGACAACUUGCAAGACAUCUGUCAUCUCCUGGUAACCAAUUAAGCCCUACUUCCUGUUGGUUCUACUUAAAUGAUAGUGUUUAUGUUUAAUCAGAAGAGCCCAAGGAGACAAAGUCGGGCCAGAUAAAAACAGAUGAAGACAGUAAAAAGCAGGAUGAAGUUAAGUCAGCAGGAGGACAUUGUUAAUGUUGACCAACUUGGAGGCCGGGCACAGAGGGGAAUGUGACAGAUUGGUACCCUACCUCUUUUGGAAAUGCAUAUCAAAUCCCUGGAGCCACAAGAAACAAGAAAAGUUAUUCAGCACAGUACCAAGAAGCAUUGUCAAGGCAGUGGGAACUUGGAUUGGCCCUGCUGAAUGAGAUGGGGAGAGAAGGACAUGCCUUUUCACUAUAGCAGGAUUAGAGGUAAGUGGCAAAAAGGCAGAAGAAACCCUUAGGAAGAAAAAUAAUCGACUUUUCAAAAUACCAGUUACUACAGAUGCAGGCUCCCAAAUCCAUCCAGUACCUAAAUCCUCUUCUGUGUGUUACAUCCUGGACCAAAAGGAGUUUUCCUUUGAGAUGGUGUCAACAGGGAACUAAGGCAGAGGACUAAUCCUUCAGCAAAUAUUUGCUCAGCUCCAGGUCCAAGCACCCAUUUUUCCAAGGAAGAGUUUUCUUACCAAUUUUCUCUUGGGGCACUGGUUGGACUGAUUGAGGAGGAGGUCUGUGUCUGCUCCAGAACCUGGAACGGGCGCCCCUCAGCAGCAACCACUCACAUACUUGGGACAUGUUCCCCAACCAGCACCCUCCCUCUCUCUUCCCCUCCCCCCAACUUGGCUAUUGAAAUUAAGGCUGGCUUACCCUCAGCCCCACUCUUGAUCACCAAGCCCAAAGUCUCAAUCUGAAACCCACCCAGAGGGGUAGGGGAGCAGGGAGAUGUGUAUUUUCCCACCAAGGGUGAACUUAAAAUCUACAAUGCCGCUUUUUUAGAAUGCUGCGCCAAAACCCUUUUCUUGGGGGGGGGGGGAGGAAAACAAGGCUCCUUCAGGCAAGGCUCCUGCUGCCGCCGCCGCCGCCGCGCUGCAAAGCCCGUGCGCAGCAGAGGCGCUCUCCACAGGGCCAGAGGUUGGGUGGCUUUCCUGCCGGUGACGUUAGCUCGCUGCCACCUGACGGCCGAAGUAGGGGCGAAGGGCCCUCUUUAUCGCGAGGGCCUACUGGAAGGGAUUUUGCCGCUCCCCUUCGGCGCGUUCCCUGGGGGCAGAUUUUAAAUUCUGUCCGCCUCACCGGAACUGGGCAGCUAAGGACGAGCGUCCCGAGCGAGACGGGGAGCGGCGGUGGCGGCGGCGGCGGCGGCGGCGGCGGCAUUCGGGGCAGGGGAUUGGGCUGGUGCGAAGCGCCUCGAGGAAGAGCCAGAGGGGCUCUUGACGCCGCCGUCUCCCGCGCGCGUCCGUCCACCCGCCGCCGCCUGGCCGCCUAGUCCCGCUGGCCUUCCGGGAAGCCUCGCCCGCCCCGCCGCCGCCGCCCUGUCCGAAGUGCCGCCGCGAACGAAGGGCGAGCACGGAGCGGCCAAAGGCGGGCAUCUAACGCCCUGUCGCAACCUCGCCGCCGUCCCAGUAGAGCCGCAGCGGCGGGAGCGAGUACCAGGCGCCGCCAUCACCAGCGCCAGGUGGAGGAAGCAGCAGCAGCAGCAGCAGCGAGCAGUGAGCAGGCCGGAGCAAGCUGUCCCUGCUCUUGGCUGCUGGAUGCCGACAGCAUGUGACGCAGGCAGAGCGCUGCUGGGAUGAUAUGGAAUGUGACCAGUUGCCUGCAGAGGCCCUCCGACAGGUGAAAGUCCAGCGUCACCCCAUCUAUGGAUUCGGCUUUGUGGCCGGAAGUGAGAGACCGGUGGUAGUUCGCUCAGUGACCUCAGGAGGGCCAUCUGAGGAUAAGCUGUUGGCAGGUGACCAAAUUUUGGCCAUAAACCAUGAAGAUGUAAGUGACGCCCCCAGAGAGAGAGUUAUAGAACUUGUCAGAGGCGCCAAGGAGGCCCUGGUCCUUACCGUGCUACAGACUCAUCAGUCCCCAAAAUCAGCCUUUAUCAGUGCAGCCAAAAAGGCGAAAUUGCGGUCCAAUCCAGUGAAAGUUCGCUUUUCAGAACACGUCACCAUUGGCGAGACUGAUCCCGACAUGCUGAAGAAGGAAGCGCUUCUCCUGAUUCCAAACGUGCUGAAGGUUUUCCUUGAGAACGGACAGAUCAAGUCUUUCACCUUCGACGGCCGAACCACCGUCAAGGAUGUGAUGAUGACCCUCCAGGAUCGGCUGUCCUUGAGGCAGAUUGAGCAUUUCUCCCUGGUCCUGGAAUACUCCAGCCCUGAACAGAGCCACAAGUUCCUUCUUCUGCAGGACAAACAGCCCCUGGCCCACGUGGUACAGAGGACGCACUACCAAGGGAUGCGAUGCCUCUUCCGGGUCAGCUUUUUUCCCAAAGACCCCGUGGAGCUGCUGCGAAGGGACCCGGCAGCCUUUGAGUACCUGUAUAUCCAGAGCCGCAACGAUGUGAUCAGGGAGCGAUUUGGGAUGGAGCCCAAGCCGGAAAUGCUGCUCGGCCUGACUGCCCUGCACAUUUAUAUCACGGUUUCAGCCACACGGCCAAGCCAGAAAGUCUCUCUCAAAAACGUGGAGAAGGAAUGGGGCUUGGAGCCGUUUCUGCCCCCUUCGCUAUUGCAAGGCAUCAAAGACAAGAGCCUUCGGAAGGCCCUGUCUCAGCAGCUGAAGGCCCAUCAGAACCAGCCCCCCUGGGGCACCAAGAUCACCACCACCCAAGCAAAGCUCCACUACCUGCGCAUCCUGAAUGAGCUGCCAACCUUUGCAGGCGUCCUGUUCAGCACUGUGGGACUGGAUGAGAAACAGUCAGCCACCACCCUCCUGGUAGGGCCUCACCAUGGCAUCAGCCAUGUCAUUGAUCUGAAAACAAACCUCACCACCGUGCUGUCCGAGUUCAGCAAAGUCAGCAAGAUCCAGCUCUUCAGGGAGAACCAGGGUGUGGCCCGGGUGGAAACAAGCAUCCUGGAUGCCAAGGUAGGUCCAGCUGCUGCCACUGGUUGCCAUUCUGGUGGAAUUGGAAGGCGAGCUAGGGCGGGUCUCCCAAGCAAGGCGCUCACGGAGCCUUUCCUGGCCAGGCACAUCACUUUCCCUCUUGAGAAGGUUGUCCCACAGCCAGACAGGAUUCUGACCCUUUGGCUUCUCCCUUCCCAGCCUCUGGUGCUGCUAAUGGAAUGGCCAGAGGCCACCAACUUCACCUGCCUCAUUGCUGGCUACUGCCGCCUUCUGGUGGACUCCAAGCGAAUGUUCCUUUCCCGACCCACCAGUCAGCCACCACCGCUUCCACUGACCAAGGCAGACAGCUGCCCGUUCCUCGGCCAUCAGCCUCCGGCACCAGCAGGGCCCCUGGUUAAGAAGGAGAGCAGGCUCCUGGGAGGCUCUCUCCCCAGCUCCGGAGGGGGCAGCCCUCCAGAUCCCCUGGACUCGGAGCUCCUCGGCUUUUGCUACCUGCACCUGCGGGAACACAAGAAGGAGCGCAAGAGCAGGACUGACGUUAAUGAAAACCUGAUCUUCUUUGAGGAGUCCCGGCGCCGGACCAAAUCGGAUCCCACCUCAGUGAGCUCCGGGCGAGACUGCAAUGGGGCCACCCAGGACUGUGAGCCCCACAGCCCAGACCAGGAGCGCUGGGCCAACAGAGCCAGGGCAUACACCCUGGACAGCCAGCAGGACAGCCAGCCCCCCCCACAGCUCUACUGUGAAUCCUGCAAGGCCAAAGUCAAGCUCCAGCAGCCAGCCCCUCACCGAGGCAGCAAUCCCGGCCCCACGCAGGACAACAUAGUGGACCUGACCUCCCUCCCCCCUCCAGGGAGUGAUGAAGAGGAGGAUGAAACCACAUCCCUCCUCCCCGCCAUCGCUGCACCGCCUCCCGGCUUUCAAGACAACAGCUCUGAUGAGGACGACUCUAAACGUCGGGUGGCCGCAGCGGCAGCUGCCAUAGCAAAAGGGCAGGAGCCUGGACGCCAGCUCUAUGGCCUCCUGUACGAGGAGAUUCCUGUGACACUCAUAGACAGCCUGCCAAUGCGGACAGUUCGAGAUCGUGCCCAGGACCUGGAUGAUGCUCUGGUCUCCACUCUGCAGGCCUUGGAAGCUCUGGCGGCCUCAGAAGAUGGUCCGCACCCUCAGCCGCAGCAGACAGCAGGCCUCAUCGUUUUGGCUGCCAUCACCCCAGAGUCAUCAAUGGACUCCGGCCACGAAACCAACUCCUCCGAGAUCCACGAUGUCCCUGCAGCCGUGCAGCAACGCCAGAACGCUGCCUUCUUCCUGACUCAGCACCUCAGCAAGGAAGGCCUCCUGGCCCGGAAGGAUCUUCCUUUCCGCAUACAGACUGGUAGUGCCAGAGGGCCACCUCAGCAUCAGCAUCAGGAUCCAGACCAGACCCCCAGUGCCACCUGCACUACAAGCAAGCGAGAAAAGGAGAAAGGCUCUGCCCAGCCCUCGCCCUCCCAGCAGCUCAGUGAGCCCAAUGCCAAAGGGGCAGUAUCUGAACCCAAAGGUUCCUUCCCCUGCGGUACAGCUGUGGCCCCACACACCACGGCUGUCCCUGCCCUGGGAAACAGCCACCCAGAGAGUGGGCUGCAGGACCAGAGAACAGCUUCUGUCCUCGUCGCAUCAAGUCUGCAGCUAGUCGGCCACAAAGCCUCCCUUUCUGCAGCAGCAGCAGCGUCCUUGCCAACUGAGGGCAGCACUCCGCCCUGGGAUCCUGACCCCAGGCAGCUGUCUGAUGCCCAGCCCUGCUCUGUUGGCCAGCUUCCCUCCAGCUUUCCUUGCUCCCAGAAGCAGCCUAGCAGUGAGGCCUGCCAGCAGAACCCAGGACCCCUGGGCAGUCCUGUGGAGGUGGUUCCCCCUCCCCUGCCAGCAGCAGAAGAGGGGAAGCAGACACCCCAGAGCUGCCAGCUGAAGGGAAGGCCAGAGGGGGCAGGGCAGCUGGGGGCAGAGGAACUCCUGUGCCGGGGAGAGGGUGCCAGACCAUCUGGCCAGAGGGAGACACUCAUCAGCCAGGAGGAAAAAGGACAGCAUGAAACGGGUGCCAACAGCCACAGCACCCUGAGACCCCCACCCUGCAGGAGCCCACAGACCUUCAGUAGCCCCGGAGGGGAGAGUCUGAAGGGGAAGGUCCCCGCAGGUAUUUGGACUGAAAGCCUGCCCUGCACUUCCAUGCUUUUAAAAAGGCCUGAUAAGGCACUGGCUGUUAUAGCACCAGACUCAGAUCUCCCGGCUAAACCUAAAGUGCCCAAAGCAUCAUUCCGGUUCAAGAACCUCAUUUCUGCCACUUUCCCAACGCGACUCAAGAGGGAGACCGAUGAGCGGCAGGCUCAGCUGCAAAAAGUGAGACAAUACGAACUUGAAUUCCUAGAAGAGCUGCUGAAGCCAAAGCCCAGGAGAGACCCCGUGUCUCCGGACUGUCUGGAUCCCUCGGCUACGGGGCGCUGCACCUGCCAGGUCCGGACCAGCCCUGUGCAGACUGGGCCAGGGAUGUCCAGGGAACAGAGGCGGAGUUGUGACUGCAAGCGGCUCAGCCGUGGCACCAGACCCCUGCCUGGCCAGUCAACAGACCUAGAGAGGCAGAGCAGGGGCAGAGAGCUGCAGCAGGCAGAAGGGCCAAGAAAGUCCUCCGCUAGAGUCCCUCCCAAGGGCAGCCGGAUCAGGUCCACCAGCCUGGAAUCUAGGGAUUGCCGGUCUAACCCUGAAAAUGGCCUGUCGUGCCUGACUACGUGUGCCUCUCCUGGAGAGUGCAUAGGAGCACCCCACUACAAGAAAUUGGUGCGGCGCUACAGUGUCAGCGAAAUUGAAAAGAUGGAGCAAAUGUCCCCAAAUUCUCCAGGCUACAUGAGCCAUUACCUGAGCAAGCAAAGGGAGGCCACGGCUCAAGUCCCUGCCUUGAAAGGCAAAUUGCAGGACUCCCACCCCACAGCAUCAGACCCCUCUUGUGUUCAAGUGACUGAGAAGAGCCAGAAAGGUGGUGCUGUGCUUCCUUUUCAGGAGGACAUCUAUCCGAGCCCCCACAAAUUGUCAGAGGACGACGGAGAUGGGGAGAGAUGCUGCUCCUUCCGGUACUGCUUCUACUACAGGAAGUGUGACAUGGCUGAUGAUGGGAGUGAAAAGGAUGAGCUCUCUUACGCCAUUCCCAUGCCGAUUCUCCCAGAAGGGAAGAUUGGCCACCAGGCAAUCCCAGUUGUCAGCAGAACCCUCCAAGUUCUGGAUGCCACCGCCUGCAGCACUACAGAAAACCAAACCCAGGAGAUAGACCUACGGACCUCUUCCUUUGAGGGCAAUCUGGCCAAGAUCCAUGCCCUGAAGGGCCACACCUACGCCUGGCCCAAUGGGUUCCUAGCUGUGCAGCUGGACACUAGUGAACUCUUGACCAUUCUGCGGCAGUGCAUCGUGAGCCCCGAGGCCCAGGAAGGCAAGCCGUAUCUCCCUCAGUUGACUGAGUACAAGCAACAGUUAGCCCUUCAGUUCAAGGACUUCCGGGCCUCUUGCCGCAGAGUUGCUGCAGUCAACAAGAGCCCAACCCGCAUGCUGUCGGCAGUGAGCAGCAGCUUCCAAGUCCUGGGCAGCUUGAUUGAGACCUUUGUGCGGCUGGUGAACGUGGUGCGCUCAGAGUCUCAGCGCCAGGCGCUCUUGGCCAAAGUUGAAGAGAUUGUGAGGAACUACACAUUCUUACUGAGAGCUGCUGAGGAGUCCACUGCCCGAACCUGCCACCGAGGGGACCAGGAAGCCGAGCAGCUGAGCCACCAAUCGGUGGCCUCUGUUGUGAACACUCUCACACGUUCCUUGAAGACACUGAUGAACAAGUAAAUCAGUGUCUGUCACCGGAGCCCAGCGCCUGCCCAGCCUAGACCAAGUGCCCGAAUGUUGUAGGCCUACCAGCCACUGAGAGCCAGGACGCGGCUAGGGAUAUCAGCGCUGCCUGUCGCGGAUGGAGAGGCAGCAUUUGCCACGCGUGUCCCUUCCCGGCUCCUCUCCUGGCCUACCGAGGCCCAGACCGGCUCGCCUCAAGGGCCGAAACAGUGAAAGGCUCGGGCGCCGUCCAGGGAAAGCCCCAGCCUGGAGUCCCUGCUCGCCCCUCCAGAGGGAACGGGAGCGCCAGACCCUGCAGGGCUUGUCUCUCCCGCCGCCAGAAAGGAGCAGAUUCGCCCGAGAGCCCUCUCGGCAUUCGAGCGGGAGGCUGCUUCUCCCCCCGGCAGAACCGAGUCGUGGAGUUUCCGUCUGCCAGGAACGGCCACGUCUGCGUGGGGAACUGUUGCUGUCGCCGCUGCCCGGGGCCUCGUAAGGGAUUCGGAGGCCCGGGAGCCUCUCGUCGCUUGGGAGAGCGGAAUCUUCCUGCGGCUUCCAAAGGUGGCCAAGCGCAGCGCCUCGGGCGGACUCCGCUCCCCCAAGCGACAUCGCUGCCUCUGCUGCAGGGCUAAAGCGGCCCUUGGGGGACUCCCGCCCCCAAAGCCCGUCUCCCCAAGUGCACCCGGGGCUUGAGCGGCGCCCCUUUUUAUAGCUGU